GACUAUAUUCUUUAAAAUCAGUGAAACGUCCAACAAUAUUGAUCGGUAAUGUAAAAGAAGUAGAGUAUAACUUAUUUGAGAGUCAGUAAAAUUCAAUUACCCGCGAUUAGAAUUAUUUUAUUAUUGUAAAUCGAACCAGAGACAGAGGCCUAUCUCACCAGCUGCAGAAAAGGAUCUUAUUCAUAAUGUGGUAUUUGAGUACAUCUAUUUUUUUCGCUGCUAUCAUAAGUAUGGAAAUCAUUCAUGGUUUACAUGCUAUAACGAUAUCGAUUGAUCCGGAAAAAUUCGAAGAAGAUCUUAGUCUUUAUUUUGGAGAACCGAUGGAUAGAUGCGGCAAUGAGGAACGCGACAAUGUACAACUUGUUAAUAUGGGUUUGGAGGUAGUGAGAGAGAAUUUUAUCAACAGCGCCAACGUGAAAUCUAUUAAUCUCGAGGACAAUAAAAUCGCUGAUAUCUCUCCGAAUGCUUUCAAAGCUGUUCCAAAUUUGUCCUGUCUUAAUAUUCGACGAAACAAUGUACCGACUAUAUUGAACAAAUUUUUGGAAUCAUUUAAGCAUAAAUCAUUAACUAAAUUAAAUUUAGCUCGAACAAUACUUAAAGAGACUUCCGUUGAUUAUAAGAGUCUAGAUAGAUUAAUUUCAAACGAGAGUAUUUUAGCAUCAUCAGAAAUUAAUCUACCUAAUCUCAUGCACUUAGAUCUAAGCGACAAUAACUUAAAAACUCUUCCGACAUAUAUAAAAACUUCAUUUCCUCGUUUGACGCAUCUUUAUUUGUCAGAUAAUAAUUUGGAAUCAUUAAAUUUUAUACCUUCGACAACGCAGUAUUUGUAUUUGGAAAGAAACCGUCGAACCAUAAACUUAUCGGGUUUUCCCAAUAAUAUUUAUGCGCUAUUUUUAAAUGAUAAUAUUUUCAGAAGUGUUUUGAGUAGUUAUACAAACCUAUCAAUAUUAUCUAUUCGUAAUUGCACUGAUGUUCUUAAUUCUAUUUGGUACCUUAAUAAAGGAAAUCUCAUUGAUUUGGAUAUGUCAUCAAACAAAUUAAGGGAAAUUUCAACAGGAUUCUUAGCAAAUGCGAAACGUUUAAAACGUUUAUCUUUGGAUCGAAAUUCUCUUGUUUCACUAUCUUUUUUAACUUAUUUAGGUUCUCUCACAAAUUUGUCGUUAGCUUACAAUAUGCUUAUUAAUAUUACGCCAAAUUAUUUUGCUAAUCUAAAAAAUUUGCUGACAUUAAAUUUGCUGACAUUAAAUUUGCGGGGUAAUCGUAUCGAAAAAAUCGACAAAGAUGCUUUCUUAAACUUGAGGAUGUUACAAAAACUUGAUCUUGCAGAAAAUAAUCUGACUGCGCUUCCUACUACAUGGAUGAAUACCUUGACMGAGUUGCGGUAUCUUAAUUUGAAAUCGAAUCCGUUUUCUAGCAUCGAUAGCAUGUCUAUAAAUGCUUUUUCUAGUCUAAAUCACUUAGUUUUGGGAAACAACACCUUCAUACAAAUAGAUAUGAGUAGUUUAAUAAAAUUACCCUCAAGUGUUAUUGUUCAUUUGGCAUCGAUAAAUAAUGCUACAUGUGUAAMGUAAAUGUGUUUUAUUAAAUUCAAAAUAAUCUAUUAUUAUAUAAAAGGCAUAAUAUUAGUGAAC